CUGUCACACACACACACACGCACUGCGCACACCACCCACAGCCCCCACACUGCUGCUCAACGACGAACCACUAAGCUGGGCAACAUUCAAGCAUACCACACUCUUUCUACUCCUUUUUUGCUUUGCUUGCCUUGCUUGUUCUUUGUCCCCCCCUCCACCCCCUUCCUCGCCUUCCUCUUUGCCAGACCUCUCUGUUUGGGCUGGCUGGAUUGACAAACAUCCCGCCCACCCGUCUGCCGCUGCAACAACAAAGGCCCCACCCCGCCCGCCCGCCUGCCUAGCCUUUUGCCCAGCAGCUGCCCCCGAAACGCCCAGCCCUGGCAUUCCUACACUGCCCCCGCCGUCCGCAGGUCGCGUCUUCUUGUCCCGCCACCUAACAGUGUCCUGCCCGUUUCGCAUUCUUGCUUGCUGCACAUCACACUUGCAAUCCAUCCUUCCCUUCCUCCAUCAAUCACUCACUUGCAACAACGACGACGCACACGCGCUUUGACCUCGUCCCAUUUUUCGGCUCGUGCAACAUCGACAUUGUCCAUCAGCAGUGACCACCCCACAAAUCCACUCGCCGUCGAGCGCAGCACAACACCUUCCACCACCACCAACACCACCACCCUUUACCCCCGUUCGCAGUCGAACCACACCCCGGCGCCCAACAAUGCGCUUCACGCUCACCGCUACUGCCUUGUUGGCAUCGCUGUUCUCGGCCAACGCCCAGAACUUCAACAACAACGUGACGGGCAUUGAGGGAACAUGGAGCACUGGUAGCGGAGCAGUGUCUACUGGCGGACAAAUCUGCAUCCCCGGCACACUCGAGACGACGACCUUUACCUACCCAAACAACACGGGCAUUUCGUACGCCUUCACGGAGGAUGGUUUCUUCGAGGAGGUCCGCUACCGCUACAACGCCAACGCGACCAACCCCCAGUGCAUCACGGGAUUCAUCAGCUGGCAGCACGGCACCUACACCUUCAACGGCGACGGACUGACCUUGACACCGUUCCAGUCUGACGGUCGUAUCCAGGUGCAGGACCCCUGUGCCGCUGUCACCAACCAGAUCACCUACUACAACAACGUGAUGCAGAUGAAGAACUGGGCCAUCAUUGUCGACCCCUUGACGGCGCGCUACACGCUCAACCUCAACCAGUUCGACGGCGCCCCCCUUCCCCCAAUGUACCUCAUUGCCAAGCCCCCGAACAUGCUGCCAACGCACACGCUCACCGGCACCAACUCGUCUGGCCAGACCUCGACAAGGAGGCGUCGCUCGGUCACUUCGCUCCUCAAGCAACUUGUCAAGGGCGAGUCAGAGUAGGCUCCCAGAACACUAGACCGCGUGCGACCGCCAAGAGACGUCCCAAACAAGCGGCUGGGGAUAGACCUACCCAGCUGCUUUAGCAUUGCCUCCCCCUCCUCGGCAUGGUAGCCAGCUUGUCCUGGCGACACGACGACCACCUCCCACUACCCCCCACGGACUCAUGAUUCACGCAGCAUCUGCCCUGUUCUCGCUACUCGAGCUUGGGCAUCCCUUACACCUCAUCUCUCGGCGGCGCCGCACAUAUACCCCCUCUUUCCCAGCGCUCAAGCCUGCUAUUGUCUGAGAUGCAUGUGGCACAUUUAGCAUAACGA